AUGUCAGUUCGAUGGUGACAAUUCGUAAACUGGUCGGUCAUAAAUUUACCACUCGUCAUAUUGUAAUAAAAAAAAAAAAAAAUACCGUAAUUAAAAAUAUUUAAGUGUAAUAUUUAACAAUAAAUAAAUAAAUAAAUAAAAUCAGCUGAUUGAAAAUUGAUAAUAUUAUUAGUGAGUUUGUUAAAAGUUUCGAUGAAAAAUUUUCAAAGUGUCAAAAAAUUAUUAAUUAUAAAUAAUGAACACUGAAGAUCAUCUGUUAGCAGUAAUACGCCAAGAAAUAGUUAAAAAUCAUCUUCUGGUGACAGCUAUCAUCCAGGACAUUCAACAAUGCACUGGCCCGCUGGAAUUGUUAAAAGACUUGAACGCCGAUGGCAGGACGAGGAUCGCUGAUCUACGAAACAGUAUUGACAAAUUAGUACAAUUAGCAGAGACUGAAAUAAAUGUUAAGAAGAAAGCCGAGCUGAUGCAAGAAGUGGAGAAACGCAAGAGCCAACUGGUGUUUGCGUUGGCGGCUUUCAAAAAAGCAAAUAUCGUCGGUGCUUGUGUAAUUGACAAAAUGGCCAAAGAUGAAUUGAUGUCCACGUCAGAGGAGCAGCAGAGGAUGUUGAGAAAGAGACGAGAUAAAAGAGGUCUUGCUGAUACCGCAAGUUUGGCCACUGAUAGGCUGCUCAGCAUUUCGAGAACUUUGGCUGAAACCAGCCAGAGAAGUGCUGAUACUUUGGACACUCUGGUAAUUUCAUCGGACAAAGUAAACGGAACGAAAGACGAGCUAGAGCAACAGCAGCAAGCAAUAAUUCUAUCAGGAAAAUUAUUAGGGAAGUACGGCCGGCGUGAAGUAACUGAUAAAGCGUUACUGAUAUUAGCCUUCAUAUUUUUCCUUGCUUGCGUAGCGUAUAUUUUACAAAAAAGACUUUGGUAAAUAAAUACUUAGAAAAAAAAAAUGAAGCUGAUUUUAAUACUAAUGUUCCUAUUGGCAUGUGGAUCAGCAGUCCCACUAUGGAAUAGAUUAUUUUCUGGUUAUCGUCCGACAACUGACAACGAUUUAAAACGUAAAAGCAAAAGCGGUGGUAAAGAACGUUGGAGGGAUAUUUGCAGAACAAUAAAUCCAGGUGGCUUUGCAUUUCCUGGACAAGUGCCUUACGCCGCUUGUCCCUGGUGAAAGUAUCUCAUCGGGUUCAUUUAAACUAAAUAAAAAUAAUCAACUAAAUACCACUGAUACUAAUAUUAAUAUAAAAACAUCUAUUAGUUAAUUAAUCAAUCAAUUAAUUAAUAUAUUGUGAUAAAUAAUUAUUUAAAUAUAACUAUAUUAUACUCCUUAUUACCAACGCAAAUAAAAAACGUUUUUGUUUUGUGAAUUUAGCAAUUCGACGAGCACACCGAUGUGAAUGUUAUUGUUUCUCUUUUAAAUGUACAUAAAGCUUACCUGUACAUUCGCAUUGUUCUUUUGUAAACGUACAUAUAUUUAUAUAUCGUAAGUUUUAUCGCGUUAAUAAAGACAAUUGUUUUAUAA